CUUCGAGCAGCGAGUCUCCGAGAGAAGCUUGAGCCGCCGAUCACGGUCCCGAUUCGUGCCACGCGUGUGGUCCGCGCCUCUGCAGCAAUGAUCAAGAAGAUGAGUCCGUCCGAAAACGACUUCGACAUCCCGGCCAAGAACUGCUACCGCAUGGUGAUCCUGGGCUCCACCAAGGUGGGCAAGACCGCCAUCAUCUCCAGGUUCCUCAACGAGAGGUUCGAGGAGCAGUACACGCCGACCAUCGAGGACUUCCACAGGAAAUUCUACAGCAUCAGGGGGGAUGUGUAUCAGCUGGACAUCCUGGACACUUCUGGGAACCACCCGUUCCCUGCUAUGAGGAGACUCUCCAUCCUCACAGGUGAUGUCUUUAUCCUGGUGUUCAGCUUGGACAACAGGGAGUCCUUCCAAGAGGUGCGGCGCCUCAAGCAGCAGAUCUUCGAAACAAAGUCUUGUCUCAAGAAUAAGACCAAGGAGAACUUGGAGGUGCCCCUGGUGAUCUGCGGGAACAAGUGUGACCGCGAGCUCUCCCGCGAGGUGCCGCCGGAGGACAUCGAGCAGCUCGUGGCUGGAGACCAGCAGUGCGCCUACUUUGAGAUCUCCGCCAAGAGGAACACCAACGUGGACCCCAUGUUCCAGACCCUCUUCACCAUGGCCAAGCUGCCCAACGAAAUGAGCCCGGACCUCCACAGGAAAGUGUCCGUGCAGUACUGCGACAUGCUCCACAGAAAGUCUUUCAGGAACAAGAAGUUUAAAGGUGGAGAUGCGUACGGCAUCGUGGCUCCAUUCGCCAGGAGACCCAGCGUGCACAGUGAUCUCAUGUACAUCAAGGAGAAGGCCAUCGGUGGCAGCCAAGCCAAAGAUAAGGAGAGAUGCGUCAUCAGCUAAGAACUGCCACCGUGUCCGUAGCCAUGAACUAUGAUGAUAUGUUGAAGAUGCCAGCAGAAUAUCCUCCAUGUGGAACGCUGAGUGUGAGGCUACUCAAACGGGGAUGCUUUUGUCAACAUCCACAACCUGCGAGACUGGUUCUUCUUUUCAUCUGGUCAGGUCAGGGUGCUAAAUUCUGCUGUGGCUUCAGAGAGCGUCAAGGUGACAUUUUGGUUUUAACAUGCUGUACAAAUAUUUUUGCCUUAAUGGUGAAAGGGUGCCGCCGGGCCAGAGCGCCAUGUGAAACGGCACCGUUUACAUUUUUUAAAGAACUAACUUGAAUGUCUGCACCAUGAACAAAUGUAUUGUGAAUGUAUAUUUAUUCUUAUAUGUGAAGAUUUACUUUUUCAAUAAACAUAACAAA